CAGAUCCCGAGGCCUUUCGACUCCCGGCGUGUGAGAUCGCGAAGUGAGGCGGAGCUCGGAAACCUUAGAAGCAAUUUCGUCCGUGUUGGUCGAUCGAUCUCCGAGCGUAUUGGACGGCGGUGUGGCAGAUCCGGCGAUGGGGGAGGCGAUCCUUUCGGAUAUUUUCACCAAUGUCCUAAUCCCGGCGACGGCCGUCGUCGGGAUCGCGUUCGCGCUCCUGCAGUGGGUCUUGGUCUCCAAGGUGCGAUUAUCGCCGGCGGAGGCUGACGCGGAGGGCACCGGCAAGAAUGGGUACUCCGAGUACUUGAUCGACGAGGAGGAGGGGCUCAAUGAUCACAACGUGGUCGUCAAGUGUGCCGAAAUCCAGAGAGCCAUUUCGGAAGGAGCUAGUUCUUUCCUUUUCACUGAAUACCAGUAUGUUGGAAUCUUUAUGGCUAUUUUUGCCAUACUGAUCUUCCUCUUCCUUGGCUCCGUCGAGGGCUUCAGCACAAAGAGCCAACCCUGCACUUACAGCAAGGACAAGACUUGCAAGCCAGCCCUUGCCAAUGCCAUCUUUAGCACAUUGUCUUUCUUACUUGGAGGUAUCACCUCUGUGGUAUCUGGAUUCCUUGGCAUGAAGAUUGCGACAUAUGCUAAUGCCAGGACAACUCUUGAGGCAAGAAAGGGUGUUGGGAAGGCUUUCAUCACUGCAUUCCGAUCAGGCGCUGUCAUGGGCUUUUUGCUAGCCGCUAAUGGACUUUUGAUUCUCUUCAUUUCUAUUAACUUAUUCAAAUUGUAUUAUGGUGAUGACUGGGAAGGUCUUUUUGAGGCUAUCACUGGCUAUGGCCUUGGUGGGUCUUCCAUGGCUCUCUUUGGUAGGGUUGGUGGUGGUAUCUAUACUAAAGCUGCUGAUGUUGGGGCUGAUCUGGUUGGGAAGGUCGAGAGGAACAUUCCCGAGGAUGAUCCAAGGAACCCAGCUGUUAUUGCCGACAAUGUCGGUGAUAAUGUCGGUGACAUUGCUGGAAUGGGGUCAGACCUCUUUGGCUCUUAUGCUGAAUCUUCAUGUGCAGCUCUAGUUGUUGCUUCAAUAUCUUCCUUUGGAAUUAACCAUGAUUUGACAGCAAUGUUAUACCCUCUAUUGAUUAGUUCCAUGGGGAUCAUUGUUUGUCUGAUCACUACACUUUUCGCCACUGACUUUUUCGAGAUUAAAGCCGUGAAGGAGAUUGAACCUUCGUUAAAGAGGCAACUUAUCAUCUCCACUAUCCUCAUGACCUUUGGAAUUGCAAUUGUUAGUUGGGUAGCCCUCCCAUCCACCUUUACAAUCUUCAAUUUUGGAGUUCAGAAGUCUGUCAAAAACUGGGAACUCUUCUUCUGUGUAGCAAUUGGCUUGUGGGCUGGUUUGGUGAUAGGAUUCAUAACCGAGUACUACACAAGCAAUGCAUACAGCCCUGUGCAAGAUGUUGCUGAUUCCUGCCGAACUGGAGCUGCCACCAAUGUCAUCUUUGGCCUUGCUUUGGGAUACAAAUCUGUUAUCAUUCCUAUUUUCGCAAUCGCCGUCAGUAUUUUUGUUAGUUUCAGUUUGGCAGCCAUGUACGGCAUUGCAGUUGCCGCUCUCGGAAUGUUGAGCACCAUUGCCACUGGUCUUGCCAUCGAUGCCUACGGGCCUAUCAGUGACAACGCCGGUGGAAUCGCAGAGAUGGCUGGUAUGAGCCACAGGAUCCGCGAAAGAACUGAUGCUCUCGAUGCUGCUGGCAACACCACUGCUGCUAUAGGAAAGGGUUUUGCUAUCGGUUCUGCUGCCUUGGUGUCCCUUGCACUCUUUGGUGCCUUUGUGAGCCGUGCGGAGAUCUCUACUGUAGAUGUUCUAACACCCAAGGUUUUCAUUGGACUGCUCGUCGGCGCCAUGCUCCCUUACUGGUUCUCAGCCAUGACCAUGAAGAGUGUCGGAAGUGCAGCUCUCAAAAUGGUCGAAGAAGUUCGGAGGCAGUUCAACACCAUUCCCGGUCUCAUGGAGGGAACUGCUAGACCAGACUACACAAACUGUGUCAAGAUAUCGACCGACGCCUCCAUUAAGGAGAUGAUUCCUCCCGGUGCGCUGGUCAUGCUGACUCCGCUCGUCGUCGGGACGCUCUUCGGAGUUGAAACUCUCUCUGGUGUCCUUGCCGGCUCUCUUGUUUCCGGAGUUCAGAUUGCCAUCUCUGCAUCAAACACUGGUGGUGCAUGGGACAAUGCAAAGAAAUACAUUGAGGCUGGAGCUUCGGAGCACGCUAGGUUGCUCGGCCCGAAGGGGUCAGACCCCCACAAGGCCGCCGUGAUCGGCGACACGAUCGGUGACCCACUCAAGGACACAUCCGGGCCAUCCCUAAACAUCCUCAUCAAGCUCAUGGCCGUGGAGUCACUUGUGUUUGCUCCAUUCUUUGCCACUCAUGGAGGCCUCCUAUUCAAGUUAUUUUAAGCUGCAUUUCAUAGAGGUUGCUACUAGUUAUAUCGAUGCUUAUUUGGCUCAGAGCAUUACAAUUUUCCUCCCUGGAUUACUAUAUUAUGCUAAUAAUUCAGCAUGUGCUUAAUUCAAUCUUGAAAACUAUGGUUUAUUCUUCA